CUACCUUUCUGGAGAGUAACAACAAACCAUAGCGAGAUAGGAAAAUAAAGAAAACACCCCAAAAUAACCAAAUAUUUAUAGUUUCGCCGCUAAGUUUCAAUUUCUUAACAUUUAACACCCUGAAAGAGUAGUGAUUUUGUGAAAGCCGCCAUGUGUGGAGGAGCUAUAAUCUCCGAUUUCAUUCCGCCGCCGAGUUCCCGCCGCGUCACCAGCGAAUUUCUCUGGCCGGAUCUGAAAAAUAAGGGAAAAGCUUCGAAGAAGAGAUCGAAGAAGCGGUCCGAUUUCUUCGAUUUGGACGAUGAAUUCGAGGCUGAUUUCCAAGGGUUUAAGGAUGAUUCUUCUUUUGACUGCGAAGAUGAUUUCGAUGUCGAUGAUGAUGUGAUGCCCUUUGUCUUCACCGCAGCUACCAAACCCGUGGCUUCCGCUGCCGCCUUCGCCUCCGCUGGUUCAGUUUCUGGCAAGAAAACUGUAGAGUGCGAUGUGCAAGCUGAUAAAUCUGCCAAGAGGAAGAGAAAGAAUCAGUACAGGGGGAUUAGGCAGCGUCCUUGGGGAAAAUGGGCUGCUGAGAUCCGUGAUCCGAGAAAAGGCUCUCGGGAAUGGCUUGGAACAUUCGACACAGCUGAGGAAGCAGCAAGAGCUUAUGACGCAGCUGCACGCAGAAUCCGUGGCACUAAAGCUAAGGUGAAUUUUCCAGAGGAGAAGAAGAUCCCUAGCGUCUCUCAGAAACGCCCUGCUGCUAAGACCAGUAAUCUUAAGAAGCCAGUGGCCAAACCAACCCAAAGUCCAGCUUUUGUUCAGCCGCCAACACAUCUGAGUCAGUACUGUAACAGCUCCUUUGACAACAUGGGACAAAACUCCUUUGGUGAUAUGAGUUUCAUGGAAGAGAAGCCUCAGAUGUACAACAACAAUCAGUUUGGGCUAUCAAACUCGUUUGAUGCUGGGGGUAACAAUGGAUACCAGUAUUUCAGUUCUGAUCAGGGAAGUAACUCAUUCGACUGCUCUGAGUUCGGCUGGAGCGAUCAUGGCCCCAAGACACCCGAGAUCUCUUCAAUGCUAGUCAAUAAUAACCAAGCUCCGUUCACUGAUGAAACCAAUGCAGCCAAGAAGCUCAAAACCAACUCUGAUGAUCUGAUGGUAUACCUUGACAACGCCUUAUGGGAGUCUCCAUUAGAAGUGGAAGAUAUGCUCGGCGCAGAUGCUGGCCCUGUGACUCAGGAAGAGGAAAACCCAAUGGACCUAUGGAGCUUAGAUGAGAUCAAUUCCAUGCUGGAAGGAGUCUUCUGAAUUGCUUGAUGGGUUGUCUAGUUUGUAUAUAAAAGCUGUGUGUUGGAUUUUGCUGUUGGGGGGAGAUGGUACAAGUCACACCUGGAGCUUGUUGAAUUGAAGUCUCUUUAAAUUUUCUGAAAUAAAAGGAGUGAUGAAGUAAAUAGAGGGUAUAAUUUCUAUGUAAUGAGUCUUCUUCCUUCAUUUUUGUCCAUCUUUUUUUUCUUAAGACAGUCUUUUAAUCCUUCGAGCACUCUUUUUAAUCUUCGUUUAUAGCUUAUCUGUCACCCCUCGAAACUUCGAAAGUGUUUUGUUUUGUACCCCCAAAACUUAUUUAACAUUUUAAUAUAAUAUUUGGAACCUC